AUGCCGGGCGCCUCGAACAGCUCAUCGGCUGGAAGACUGAACGACGAUGAAACAGAGGCAUCCUCGUUGUCGGGCUCGAAGCGGCAAGCCCUACGGCAACGUCAGUCACAAGCGGCCGGACCACGAUCCAAGAACGACAUCGAAGUCAGCACCAUCGAGGUACAAGAAGCAGCAUCGGCAUCAGGCUCACCUCUGCCAACACCAUCACCAUCAAUGUCAACCGCCUUGGAUAGUAUGCAUGGGUCACCCGGGCCCAGACCCAAGUCGACGCUGGGGUUGAUGUCUGUUGAAGCCGGGGUGGACAGGGCUAAAUCUGCUGGGCAGGGGGGAGAAGAGGCUGAGGCUUCAGCAGCCCGCGCCACUGAGAAGAGUGCUUUACCCGCUGAAGAGCCCACGCAAAGUGCUGCUGUUGCGGAUUCGGCCUGGGCGACUUUGGCCUCGUCUUCGGCGUCUUCAGUGUCCUCAGCUUCUUCCUCAGCAUCAGAUUCCCCAGCGCUUUUAGAAGCAGUUCCAGUGACUUUAGCGCCCAUCUCAGCUCAUCCAGCGCCUGCUUCAGCAUCAACUCCAGCACCCUCUCUCCCUGUAUCGUCCCCGCCCGGCCCUUCCUCAGCGUCCCUUGCCGCCCCAACCGCCUGUAAUCCACCCGCUGACGACCAAGUUCUCCACCACCAACGUCUCGACCUUCAGGACCGUCUUCAGCGUCUCUCUCAAGAUCCUCUCUAUUAUUACGAUCCCACCCUGCUUCCUUCACCAUCGGCCCACGACAGGCACAAUUCGGGUUCUCGAGUCACCGCUCCGACGCUACACAGUAUCUUUGAAAACUUCAGCACCGAGCCCUUUCGAAAGCUGCGCCCCCCCGAGCGCUAUCCCGGCGAGCACGGGAACCCCUACACAGAUCCCCGUGUCCACCCUCUCCACGCCCCCAUCCACCACGCCUCCUCCUCCUCAUCAACUCCCGCAACAUCACCGCCGCCUGCGCCAUCAACCUCGACACGCAGCCGCAUCCAGCCAUCCCAAACCACAUCCGCCGUCGCUGUCGCCGCUGCUGCCGAAUCUUGCUCCGAACCCUCCUCUCGUCUUCCCGCUGCGCCUCGGCGAUCCAGCGGCUCCGGCCCUGCCAUCCGCCGGGUCAAGACGCCGCGCAAGGCGCACUUUUUCCUCGACCCUGCCCCCGAGUUCGACGUACCUUCGCCUCCCACCAUGGGUAACGCACGAAAGAUUUGGGUUCGCCGGCCCGGCGCCUCCCCCACCCUCAUCACCAUUUCUGAGGAUGAUCUCGUCGACGAUGUCCGGGACACUAUCCUCCGCAAGUACGCCAACUCGCUUGGCAAGACGUUUGAUGCUCCCGACCUGCAUCUCCGCCUCUAUCCCCGCGAUCAGAGAGACCGCCUGCUGCAGCCCGACGAGCACAUGUGCCGCACCCUGGACAAUUUCUAUCCUGAAGGCCAGACGGUAGAGGACGCCGUUGUCAUCGAUAUACCACGCAGGACCCCAAAGGCCUCUCCGUACCCCUCACAGCACGAACACCAGGGUCGCCAGCACCAUAACGUUCCCCACACAGCCGCCGCGAUAUACUACACCGAAGACGGUCGGCCGCUCGAGUCUGGCGAAGGCUAUUUCCCUCCCGUCGGAGCUCUACCCUCGCCGCACAUGCAGCUCGUCAUGCCGGCCGCCGACCACCACGGUGGUCCCCCACACUCCAUCGCCGUCUUGGGAACCGGGCAUCUUCCCACCAUCCCUUCACCCGGAGGGCUGCGCCCUCGUGGCCAUCGCGAACAGACCGGCCGGCCUCGCGUAGCGCGCACGCACACGCCCUCAUCUGCCAUGAAUGGGAGAGAUGGCAAUUACACCCACGAUCCCAUCGGCAUGCCACCUGACGGUAUGCCCAUGCUAUCGCCCGGCCGUGAACACAUGUAUGCUGCCUCUGGCCGCAUUGGUAUGGCAUCGCCCCGACUGAUCGAGGCACGAGCAGCCAGCACGCGACCGAAGCGCCGCAAGAAUUUCGAUUAUAACGGGAGUGGUGUCGCUGCGACGGUGCCUCCGAUUAGCAUCCUCAUCGUUGAAGACAACCCCAUCAACCUGAAGCUGCUGGAAGCCUUCGUCAAACGCCUCAAGGUACGCUGGCAAACGGCCACCAACGGACGAGAAGCCGUCAAGAAGUGGCGAACCGGCGGCUUUCACUUGGUUCUCAUGGACAUCCAGCUCCCAGUCAUGAAUGGUCUCGAAGCCACUCGUGAGAUUCGCAGACUGGAACGCGUCAAUUCGAUUGGCGUCUUCUCCUCGGUGCCCACCACACCCCAAGAGGAACUUGCACUCGAAUUGACCGACAAAGACCGCCUCGAAAACCUCCACAGCUUCAAGGGCCCAGUCAUCAUUGUGGCACUCACAGCCAGUUCACUGCAGAGUGACAGACACGAAGCCCUAGCGGCCGGCUGCAAUGACUUUUUGACAAAGCCCGUCAACUUCGUCUGGCUUGAGCGAAAGGUCACGGAAUGGGGCUGCAUGCAGGCUCUCAUCGACUUUGACGGCUGGCGCGCCUGGAAAGACUUUGCCCUUGCCGAGGAGGAAGCCAGCCAAAAGGCAGCGGCUCUCAAGAACAAGGCUAAGAAAUCUCGUUCUUCGCUUGUUGCUGAUCCAUAG